AAGGACGGCAAGUACUUAAGAGAUACUUAAAUGGUGAUUCAAAUGUACAAAUUGGCAUUUGUUAUUUUGAUUCCAGUGAUGGUUGCGUUUAUUUAUUUUUUAGUUUUUUUUGUAGUAUCAAGCAGUUGUGCUGGUGGUACUGAUGAAUCUUCUGGAGUGAAACGAAAGCUAAUAAUAGAUCAUGAUGGCGGAGCAGACGACGCGAUGGCAAUAUUUAUGGCUUUGUUAUACGAAAAGUACUAUGACGGACCGGAAGUAAUUGCACUUACAACAACCUUUGGGAACGUCGAUGAAGACCAAUCAUAUAACAACUCUCAACGAAUACUAACAGUGGCUGACAGGAAGGAUGUUCCCAUAUAUAGAGGCAGUACUCGUGCUCUGAUAGGGGAAUUCCCGCCUGAUUAUUUUUUUGGUUACGAUGGUCUGGGUGACAACAACACGGACAUCUAUGAACCGAUUGCUGCACAAAAGGAACACGCUGUGUUUGGUCUUAUAGAGCUGUCUAAAAAAUAUUCAGGUGAACUCGUUAUAGUUACUUUGGGAUCACUCACCAACAUUGCAAUGGCGAUUCGAAUUGAUCCAAGCUUCAUGUCUAGACUUUCACAUAUUUAUGUUGCGGCUGGACAUAUUUAUGGUGAUGAUUUUAAAGAACCAGAGUUCAAUGCAAAUAUGGAUGUAGAAUCAUAUUAUAUAGUAACAGAAAGCGGAACCUCUGAGAAGCUCACCAUAAUUCCAUUCUCGCAAAUAAGGUUAUAUCAGAAAAUAAACAAGGAGUGGAGAAUAGAUGUACUGGGAUCUAUCGAUACCAAAAUAAUGCGAGCUCAAAAUAAUUAUGAACGAGUAUCACUAAGUGUAAGCACCAAUUGGUGCUUAUUAGACCCAUCAGCGAUGGCUAUAGCAUUGGAUGAAACAUUAAUUGUUCAAGAAACUCGAUUUUCUAACAACAGCAUCAUUUUAUGCGGCGAUCAACGAGGUGUAAAUACAAAUGAUUUUACAACAACCAACGAUUCUAACGCUCGCGUUAUAUACGAAGUCAGCAAAGAACCUUACAAAAAAAUGUUAUAUGACUUAUUUUCGGCGGAAUUACGAACAAGUAAAUAAGUUAUAUUUUUUUUUUUUAAAUAAUUUCAUUUCCGUUUCUCUAUAAUACUGAUGUUAGAAUCCGUUUUAAAAUAAUAGACACUGAAGAUUUAAUUUUUAAACGAAUAUUUUGUAAUGCGCAAGAUUACGGUGCAGCACUUCUUCUAUACCAUUUAACCGAUCGCCGUGACAAUUGGUAUUUGUACUCGGCAGUGUUAGCAGCGUAUACAUUACGUGCUGCAAACCCUAGAACAUUGGUUCGCGCGGUGGCUGCGUUAUGGAGACGUGGUCUCCGAGCACGGCAUCUCUCAAUGGCAAUGUCCGAGAGUUUGCCGCGCGUAAUGUAUACGUAGCUUAACAUUUAUGUGUGAGUUCAUUGUGAUUUAUAAAUUUUGAUUAACAAAAUAAAAGGUUAUUUUUCAAAGGCGGA